GGGGUUCUGAUUCAGUUCUUUCCAUUGGUUGAUAAUGGAGAACAAUUAUCAAGGCGAUUUAGCAGACAUUUUCCGGCCAGGAAGUGUGAACUCUGGCGAUCCUCCGGGCGUUUCAGAUUGGCAGUAUUUCGAUCAGUCGUCUGAUCAAGAAACACAGAUGAUCCAAAAGUCAAUAAGAACCCAUGAGCAAGGUUUUGGUCAACCCUUUACCAGUCUCCUUACAGAUCCACUCAUUCAUGAAGGAACAUCAACUCCAUGCUUCUUUGGAACAAAUCUUGAUGAUCUUGAAGAACAAGUAGUUUCAGCAGCAAGAACACCAUUAGAGUAUGAGGAUCACAAGAUCAACGACAACAACAACAACCACAACCAUAACCAUAGUCAUAACAUAUUCUCAAAGAUGCUGCAGAUUUCACCAAAUGCUGUAAAGUCAACUCUUUCAUCAAACAGUGAUAUCAUGAUCACAUCUUCUCCUUCUCCUUCUCCUUCUUCUUCAUCUGUCGUUCCUCCAAUAAAGCGUUGCUUGCUGGAAACUUCGUCGGCCACCACCUUACAGAUCUCAUCACCACGAAAUCCGGGCAUCAAGAGAAGGAAGAGCCAGGCUAAGAAAGUGGUGUGCAUACCGGCACCAGCACCGGCAAAUAGUAGACCCACGGGCGAAGUGGUUCCAUCGGAUCUCUGGGCCUGGAGGAAGUAUGGUCAGAAACCUAUUAAAGGAUCUCCUUAUCCAAGAGGGUACUACAGAUGCAGUAGCUCAAAGGGUUGUUCAGCAAGAAAACAAGUGGAAAGAAGUCGCACAGAUCCUAACAUGUUGGUCAUUACCUACACUUCUGAACAUAACCACCCAUGGCCUACUCAAAGAAACGCUCUUGCCGGCUCCACUAGAACCCCACAACCACCAAAGACCACCGCCGAACAACCAUCAUCGGAAAAACACACCACCACAGAAGAUGUAGCUGCAGGGUCUCACGUGAAAGAUGAAUCAUCACAAGCAAUAUUAUUGGAAACAGAAAAAUUAGGGUUGGGAAGUUUCCCACAGAGCUACCGGCCGGAGUUGCCGGAACACGGCAGCGGAGUGGAUCAAGAUUUCUUUUCAAGUUUAGGAGAGAUAGAGGUUGAUCCCAUAAGCAUGUUGUUGAACCAGGGUUUCUUGGGUGGUGAUGAAGAAGAAGCAGAAAAUUAUAACAAGGAUUUGGAUCCUUUUGGUUGAAUUAAAACAAAAUGAGACCUAGAUUCAUUGAAUUGUUUAAAAAGAAAUUAUUUGUUUGUUUGGUGUUUGUAUACUUUGGUUGGUUUAUUU